AUGUCUACUCUCACUACACUUACCAUGACAGAGGAAGCGAAGCCUAAUAUCGGUGUCUUUACCAACCCAAACCAUGACCUAUGGGUCGCCGAAGCCACUCCUUCCUUGGAUGACGUGAAGAAUGGAAAGGACUUAGCACCUGGAGAAGUAUAUAUUGCAGUCAAGAGCACGGGCAUCUGUGGUUCUGACGUACACUUCUGGCACCAUGGAUGCAUUGGACCUACCAUGGUGGUGAGAGAAAAUCACAUUCUCGGUCACGAAUCUGCAGGAGUGAUCCUGGCCGCACACCCAUCAGUGAAAAACCUCAAAGUCGGAGACAACGUCGCGAUCGAACCGAAUGUUCCUUGCUUCGAGUGCGAGCCAUGUUUGAUAGGUCGCUACAACGGCUGCGAGAACGUAGCAUUUCUAAGUACUCCUCCCGUUCCUGGUCUACUGAGGAGAUACAUCAAGCACCCAGCAACAUGGUGUCACAAGAUCGGAGGAAUGAGCUACGAGCAGGGCAGUCUGCUGGAACCACUUUCGGUGGCCCUUGCAGGCAUGGAUAGAGCAGGUAUCAAGCUGGGAGAUCCAGUUUUGAUCUGUGGCGCAGGUCCAAUCGGUCUGAUAACGUUACUGUGUGCUUCAGCUGCGGGUGCUAGCCCAAUCCUGAUUACAGAUAUUGCUGAGAGCCGGCUGAAGUUCGCCAAAGAGCUUGUGCCCAGAGUUCGUACCUACCUAAUACCUCGGGGGAAAAGUCCGGAAGAUUGUGCAGAAGAGGUGGUAGCAGGUAUGGAUGGGAACAGACCGCGUGUGGCUAUGGAAUGCACAGGUGUUGAGUCGUCAGUUAACACUGCCAUAUACUCUACCAAGUUCGGUGGUAAAGUCUUUAUCAUCGGCGUUGGCAAGAACGAGAUGACUAUUCCGUUCAUGAGGUUGAGCGUGAUGGAGAUCGACCUUCAAUACCAAUACCGGUACUGCAAUACAUGGCCAAAGGCAAUUCGCCUGGUACAAGAUGGGGUUAUCAACUUGGACAAGCUGGUUACGCAUCGCUUCAACAUGUCGGAUGCGAUCAAGGCCUUUGAGACAGCAGCCGAUGCGAAAACGGGGGCGAUAAAGGUGCAGAUCAAGAACGAUGACAGUCUGUAA